GAUGUCAGACUCCAGUCAUGUCGACCCUGCUCAGCACCACCGGCACCAUCAUGGCUUUUCUACGGAGACCAUUGCCGGCCACGACGGGUGCUUGAGGGAAGGUCUCAGCACGCUUUCCACACUGAGGCGGCAGACCCUUUGCCAAGCGGGCUGUCAGCUGGAAGCUAUCUGAUGAUGGAUCUGUUCCGCAGAGGAGAGCUAGGGCUGUUGGGAGGAGGAGAGGGCCUGAGGGAAGACGUGGGCAUUCCUGGGAUCAGCUGGCCGGCCAAUCGGCUGCCAGAGGACAUGUAUCCGGCAUCAGGGUUGGCCCUGGCAGCUGCCUAUCAUGACAUCAAGACCCGGCUGGCAAGUCUGGAGAGGGAGAACAGUAGCAUCAAGAGGAAGCUCAAACACUACGAGUUUCCUAUGGUCAGUGAAUUUGGAGAGGAAAGGAUCCUGUGCCGUUCCUGUGAGCCCAUCGUCAAGGACACCAGUGUAAUCCAAUCAGAAACCACCAACCUGCAACAGAGGAUCAACUCUCUCACUCAGGAGCUCCAGAAGAGUAAGGAAAGAGAAGAGAGGUUGGAGGAAGUCAUUCAGGCUUAUGAGAAGAUUCACUUGGAGAAAAGCAAUGUCCAGAGAGACCUGGAUAAGAUGACGACUCUAGCGGAACAGCAUGUGGAGCACAUCUGCGGCCUGGAGUCGGCACUCAGACAAAGAGAAAGCUCCGUGCAGAAGCUCAAUGCCCAACUCCGGGGCAAAGGCACACUUCAGUCUCAACUCCACACCAGCCUGGAUGUACCCAGGGAGGGCCGGGGGCCGACCCUGCAGAGCUCCCGCAGCCUGGACGCCCUGUCCGACCUGAAGCUCCAGCAGCUGGAGGCCGAGCUGGAGGGGGCCCAGUGCCAGGCGGAGGCCGCCCGUCAGAGGGAGGCGGAAUUGAGGGCCGACAUUCAAAGGCUGCAGCAGGAGGUGGUCCAGCUACGGGGAGCGCAAAGACAGGACCCGUCCCAGCACUGUGAGCACUGUGACGUGGAGUGGAUAAAGAAAGCCGGGGACGAGCAGGUGAACCUAGCAUUAGCCUACACCGAGCUAACCGAGGAGCUGGGCCGCGUUCGCAACCUGGCGGUUAAACAGAGUGACCUUCUGAGACAUGUCUCACAGGAGCCUGUCGCUCGUCCAACCCCUGCUCCUCAGCAUCUUUCGCCCACAUCGACCCAGCGCCCCUCGCUCUCCCCCGACAGGCUCUUUCCCACUCCCUCCCCUCCUCUCUCCCCAAGUGGCAGCCCCGCCUCCUACUCCCAUCAGCCAACCUGUAGCCGUCUACGAGCCACGUUUCAGGGUCGCCGUAGUUACUCAGAGGUGUCUGACCCGUCCGGCACCCACAGGCCCCCAGGGUGGCUGAUGAGGGAUCCAGUGUCCACCUUCCCGAAACCCAGGCCCCUCCUGGGGGAGAAGCAGGGUUACGGCCAAAUCAAAGCGCAGCUGCGCACCUCCUUGGUGGGCCUGAUCCGACCGGCCUCGGCUCAUGGGGCCGGAGGGGAGAGAGGAGGAGGAACGGGUGGUGGUGGGGAAGGGGACAGGGGUGGGGGUAGCAGUCUGAGCAGCAGUCCUCAUCACUGUGCCCUGGACCUGGACUUCCACCGGGCUUCUGAGGUACAUCACUUCCGUCGACUUGAGAACCCGCCUGAGCCCGCCCCCUUGGUGACGCCGCCGCAGUCCUCUGAUGAGGAAGAGGAUGUUUGUACAUAUCUGUCGCCGGCCGCGAGCCCGCCUCGGACGCUCGGCGCGAUUGGCUCGUCGUUACGUAGGGACCCGCCCCUGCACCACUCAUUCUCGUCUCCUGGGAAACAGCCCCACCAUCCCUCCUUCUCGUCCCCCCAGGGCCCUGCUACCCUCUCCUGCCAUCUGCCUCCCUACAUGACCUCUGAGCACGCUCAAUCAUGGCCGUCCAUCAACUUAUGGAUGGAGUCAGAGAGCGCAGUCCGGAGCUGUCCUCUGUGUCAGCUGACCUUUCCAACCGGUUACCCUGACGACGCCCUCAUCAAACACAUUGACUCCCACUUGGAGAACAGCAAGAUCUGACUUUUUUUAAAUUUUCUUUUUUUUUCUUUUUUAAAUCAAGCCCUUUUAAACACUUCGGCAUGCUUCUUCCUACGGACCUCUGAAUCCAUGGCCUCCUCUCUUGGGAGACACAUGGCUUGCUUAAGGGGCACUUUACUACGCCCUUCCUUCCAGAUGUGGCAUCUAACCAGCGACCCUUUGUUUACAGAACAAAUAUGUUUUUAAGUUAUGAAUUGCUUUAUGUCAAGGACCUGCGUACAUUUCUAACACUAUUCUAUAUCUCCUUUUUCUUAUUUCACAACCAAACUCACUCAGACACCAACUUCACUUGUAAAUAGAGCUGUGUGCUAAAAUAAAAAGAGCUGUCUAGAGACGGAGGAUGCUGGUGGUUCUGAGAGCAGUGGUGGACGUCUGAAGACGAGCUGUAGAACAUCUGGCAUAUGCAACAUUAGGAAAACCCGACCGCCAUGCCUCUCAUGUCGGUUUGUGGGGAGUCAAUAAGAUUUCUGGACCUGCAAUAAACGGUUGUGUGAUAUAAUGGUGACAUGAAAUAGUCUGCAGAGGUAUUUCAGUUAACUUGGAUGGAUGUGAUUACAAAAUGAAUACUUAAGGUCUAAUAGCUAAUUUCCAGAUAUACGACACGGCCUGUGAAACGAGGUUUGUUGGAAGGACACAUCAAUGAGUUAUGAAGAGGCCGACCUGCACGUCAUUUAAUGAUACUUUGGGGAACUUUACCUGAUUAUGAAACCGUCUCCAUGUAACACAGACAAGUGGUCAUUGUCAGCUCACCCAUUGGCUUGUGGGCUGAUGUUUUGAAGAAUUUGGCAAUUUCUCCGUUGCCAUGUUGGAUCAGGGCCGCUGCCAUGUAGGUUUUUUUCUGCAUCCAAAGAACAGAAGUGACCAUGUUAGGCAUUGAGAGACGUGACGUUGAGACGGCGUAUACGUCUCUACAAGCGGCACUGUCCUGUCAAUCACAGUGAGCCCGCCCUAAAGCAUCCCCCGCUUUAUGGUCUAUCUGACUCUAAAUGGAACUUCAUGCUGUAUUGAAGAAGACUAGAGACCAUAAACCCAAUUCCUGCGAGGUCACGAAGAUUCACCAGAGACUCUUUGAGCUCAGACUCCAGCAGGACCUCGGGCCGCUAUCAGCCCGCCAUCUGGCUUCGCCUUCACCCUUGACCUCAGGCUUCAUUGUGUUUGAAGACUUAUUGCUGGGGAGGGAAAGGAUGCUCGGGAGAACCAGAACCACGUAGGGCAGACUGUCAAAUGAGAUGCACACUGGUGCUCAUAAACAGUACUUAUUUGGUCCACAGGGGCCACCAAAGUCAAGUUCUUCAUGGUAUCUUUAAACAAAAAAAUAAGGAGAGCAAAAAAAGACACCUACUGCCAUAUUUUGGUGUGGUAAUGAAAGUGCCUUGGGUAAACCGCAAUAUAUAUUUUCAACAGGUCUGUGGAAACGAUUUGAGUUGAAAAAAAAAAACUAUUCCAGUUUUAUUAGGUCAUGUUCUUUUCCGCAUAAUUGUAACUUUUUACAUGAUUACAACUUAUAUUUUGUGAUCGACUUUUUGGUUAAUUUGAGAAACGUCAUAUCCAUCCAUUAUCAAGAUUGCUUUCUUUGGCAAUUGUUAUCUGGUCUCUAUAAUGAAAGAAAUAGCCCAUAAUUAAGAGAAUUAUAAUGACUAAUUGUGAAAAAAGACUUUUCUGAUUAAUACUUGUGAUAGUAUCUCAUCAUUAUAAAAACAUUUGACCGUUUCACUCUUAUAAUUAUGAGAUAAUCUAGGAAAAGUAGACUUGGAAUUUAUGAGGAAAAUUGUGAUUUAAUUUCUAAUUGUAUACACUUUGGAAUUCAUAAUCAUGGAACUAUAAAUAUAAUUUAUGAAAUAAUCAAUAAUUAUGACUGUUAUCUUUGUAAUAAUCUGAUAAUUGUGACGUAUCUUCUAGUAUUCAAUAGGCAUACCAUAGUUAUGUCCGCAAUUAUGACAUACAAAAAAAUAGCAUAAUUAGUUGUGUCGUGAUGUAAUUUUCUUCAUUACGGGAACAUUUCUGAGAGUUAAGUCCCAAUUUAAAAUGAAUAUUUCUAAACAUCGCUCAAUAUAUGGCAUAUAUCAUAAUAACAGAAAGGCUACCAAGCCAUAAUCAUGAGAAUAUUUAUGAUAUUUCAUUGCAUGAUUGGAGUUCACAAUUCUUAAUUUUUUGUAUUAAUGAAAAAUUAUGAAUGGCUUAAAUUUUUUUUUAAAGCCUUUCAUUGAACUGAAAUGAAAUGUUACAGCAUAAGACAUAACUGACAUUACGUUUUUGUGCUGAAACAUUCCACACUCAGUUUUUUAUGUUUUGGAUAUUGCUCUAAAGACAGUUAAACCGUGAGAAACAUCCGGCUUGUAAUUCCUCAUCACUUCCUGUGUCAGCUGAGAACAGCUGGAUAACUACUGGCAGACAUUUAACUGACUGGAAGGGAUACAGCUUUCCGCUGUCGUUUCUCGGAUUGUUCUUUAUAAUAGAAAUAAAAGUUUGAGAACAUAAAAGGUCCAUAAAGGGUCCAUAGUUUUCUUUCUUUCUCGGCCUCAUUAAUAGAUUUUUAUGGAUUUGCAUUUGAGCUUCUCACAACAUCCAGAGGCAGCAAUUAAAUAGAUGUCUAGUGUACUAAUGAGCUAAAUACUAAAAUCUGCAUGCUAACAUGUUACAAGCGCGUCACGAUUCUUUUAUUCAUUUUUCAAUCCCCUCUAUAGUGUUAAGAUGGAGGGAGAAAAAUAUUUUCUUUAUCUUUACACGGUUGCGUGAAACAAAAACAACUUCUGACUUCAGGAGCAGUGUGGAGCAUUCUGAGGGGGCUUUUGUUGGAAAUGGAAUACAAUAAUAUAUUAGUGUAUAAUCCAAAAUCUAAAUUGUUGGGUUUGUGUUACCUUUGAAAGAGCCCUUGAUGUUCAUGUAUAGAAGUUUCUACAGUGACCCUAAAUAAUGCCUCUAGAGGAAGGGUUAUAGCUGCUAUAUAUUUAACACACUGGCCCUUUGAAGGGGACAUACUAUGAGAACGCACAUUUUCAGUGUUGGACCACAUAUAUUUGGGUGAAUGGAGAUCCUAUCCACCCACAAGCUCUGAAAUAAGACUUAGUUUUCCUAUGGACUGCCUAGAUCAGGAAAACUACCAUUUCAGACACAGGUUGAAUACAGAUUUAUUCAGCCAAACAUGAAAGAUUUCAAACAACGCUAACAUGAUAAAAAGAAUCAUUCUAAAAAUGAUAAUUAUUUGUCCCCUUUAAAAUCAGGGGCUUCGUUUGUUUGAAUGCGUCAGUGUGGAAUGCUGCAGCGCCUCAACCUGGUGAAGUGGGCAGGUGGAUGGUGUAGUAAUAUGUACAAUGUCCCUAUUAUUUGAACUGCUAUGUGGUACAAAUGGUUAAGUUAGGGCUAUGAAAUGGAUGAACCUGUCUGGAAAUCUUCUUGGGAAGAGAAGAACCAUUGAACAAGGCUUCAGCAAUGCAGCGGUCACCUCAGUUCUCUUAAAACGCUGCUGCUCACCUCUGCGUUUUCCAUCGCUUCACAAUAAAUUACCCUUAGUUUUUUACAUUAAAUUGCUACCGCUGAAAAAUACUACCCAAAUAAAAAAGUGUUUGAGGUUGUGAAAGGUUGGAAGGACUGCAAAUUUAUAAGUUAUAAAAUUUCACAGAAUUUUUCCACUUGUUCCAACUUGAAAUUGAUUUCACCAUCUUCACCACCAUCCCAACUUGAUCAAUAGUCAUCAUGUCCUGCUGGUUCCUUUCAAGACAGCAGGAACGGAAAUACCACCGGAAUUAAUUCAAUUACUUUUUCACCAGGGUAUUGUGGGACACGAUUGAUUUUUUUUUAUUUAUUGGUACUUGGACUAUUGUAGAUUGUACUAGUAUCUAUACACUCCAGUUUCAUCAAGCUGAAUUUGCAGUUAAUUUUAGCCACGUUACUGAAGAUGUGAAGGCCGCCGGCAGGAGGAGUUCUUUGUCUGUUCCACCUCACUGUUCACUCCAGUUUGCAACACUAGCAAGAGCGCGGCGUGAAUGCUGUUCCAAUAAUGAACAUACGUCAGAGGUCAACGGGGUUUUGUGCUGUAAAUGAUCAGGAAUAAGAAAUAAAAAGGUAUCCAGUUUAUA